AUGGACGACAAACACCUUGAGGCUCACCCGACGUCCAUCGUCGACAAGGACGACAUCGCCGCGGCCAAGGGCGAGCACGUGGAGGAGAUUGGCCACGCCGCGACGGCAGAAGAUCACGACGAAACUGUUUUACAAGCCAUCAAGAACCAGCCGUGGGCGUUUGUGUGGUGCAUUUACGCCAUAUACGUCCUCAUCCUCACCAGCUUUGACAACCAGGCGGGAGGAACGGUCAUUGGAAUCCCCCAGUUCCGCAAGGAUUUCGGUUCCGAAUUCAAUGGCAACUAUGUUCUCCCCGCAAAGUGGCAAUCUGCCUACAGCGGAGCCCCUGUCGCAUCUGCCGUCGUUGGAUCCCUCGGUGCUGGCUGGGUGGCCGACCGCAUCGGCCGCAAGUGGACCUACUUCAUCAGCUACGCCUUCAUCUUUGCAGGCAUCACUUGCGAGACAGUAAGCACCACCAACGAGAUCUUCUUCGCGGGCAAGUUUAUUGCCGGAUUUCCCAUUGGCGCUUUCAUCACAGUCAGCAUGACAUACAUUGGCGAGAUCGCGCCCCUGGCUCUCCGCGGUAUCUUGACCGCCGCUGCGGCUAUCGCCUUCACGAUUGGUCCAUUCAUCGUCAGUCUGGUUGUCAACGAGACUGGAACUAGAACCGACCGCUGGGCUUAUCGCACAAUCUUUGUGUCUCAAUACGGCAUCAGCGGCAUUGGUGCCCUCUUGCUGUUUUUCAUGCCCGAGUCACCGUGGUGGUUGGUUAGCAAGGGCAAGAUGCAGAAGGCUGCCAAGUCCCUGAGUCGUCUUGGCUACGAUGCGGUCCAGGUCGAGAAGCGCCUAUCUGUAAUUACUCUCACCCUUGCUGAGGUACGCAAGGAGACCGACGGCGCCAGCUUUGCUGAGUGCUUCCGCAAGUCCAACCUUCGCCGUACCAUCAUCUCCGUCGCACCUUUGAGCAUCCAGGCUCUGUGCGGUGUCUUCUUCGUUGCAUCGUACUCUACCUACUACCAGCAACUGGCCGGAUAUAGCACAAAAGAGAGCUUUACACUGGCUAUCGUGCAGCAGGUCAUGUCCAUGCUCGGUAACGUCACCGCAUGGUUCCUUAUUGAUCGAGUUGGUCGCCGCGGCCUCACUCUUUGGGGGAUGUGCAUCCUGACGGUCCUUCUCAUGAUUACUGGUGGUCUUGCGGUGGCUGCCACACCUGGUGCCGUGAAGGGAACCGUCGCACUGCUGCUGGUGUACUGCUAUAUCUACAACGUCACCAUUGGAGCCACGGCCUAUUCUCUCUUGACCGAGGUUGCAACUUCGCGUCUCCGUGCCAAGACUGCCUCCAUGGCUUUGGCUUUGCAAAACAGUCUCUUUACCAUGUGGGCCUUUGUUAUCCCCUUCCUUUUCAACCCCGACCAAGCCAAUCUCGGUGCCAAGGUGGCCUUCAUCUUCGGCGGCCUUGCCGUUCUGUCCACUGUCUAUCUCUGGUUCUACCAACCCGAGGUUGCUGGACGGUCUUACGAGGAGCUCGAUGAGAUGUUCAUCAAGCAAGUCCCAGCACGGAAGUUCAAGGGCUACAAGACAGAGGUGCAGGAGAAGAGUGAAAGGGCAGUUGCGCACCAGCAAUGA